AUGGCAUUCCAGCCUACUCCGGCAGAUGUCGCUGUUAUCAUCACUUCGCCAUCUGCUGGCCCCAAUGCAGGCUCUCAAUUCCAGAAUGAGCGCCGCAUCACUCCAACAUGGACUGUCACGCAGUUGAAGUCUAAAUUGGAAACCAUGACUGGCAUCCCACCCGGUAGUCAACGUUUGCAUCUAAAAUCGCCCGGUCUGCCCGGUCGAUGGAUCGAUGGCGAUGACACCGUCAUCGGCGAUUGGGGCUUGGUAAAGGGAUGUGAAAUUGAGGUCCAUGAUUCGAGACCCCAGUCCGCAAGACCCAAUUUCAACGAUCUCUCAUCCGUGGAAAAAUACGUCCUCCCUACAGAAACUUACGAGUCCCUGCCAAAUUCGGUCCUGGCCUGGAAAAGAAACCAGAAACUAGGCCGCUUUGACCCAAAUGCUUCAACGCCCGAGGAAUCAAUGCGGAGACAGGCAGAACAGGACGCCGAGGAAGUUGCACAAAGGGGAAUCGCUGUUUCUAAGCGUGCCAUCAUUCUGCCUUCAUCGCCGCCGCAUAUUCGUAGGGGCACUAUCCGUUUUGUUGGCCCUGUGCCCACUAUUCCCUAUCCCGGAGUGAAUGUCAGGCCUGGGUCCUCCGGGGGAGAGUCUGAUGAUUCUCUUCCCCUGUGGAUAGGGAUUGAACUUGAUGAACCUACGGGAAAGAAUGAUGGUAGUGUUGGCGGGCAACGCUUCUUCACCUGCCCUAGCAAGUCUGGUCUGUUUGUGAAACCCGACAAAAUUGAGGUAGGGGACUUCCCCCCUUUAGACCUGGACGACGACCUUGGCGACCUGGAGGAACUAUAG